UAUUUACAUCUAUUGUUAUUAUGUUUAUUUUUCUUUAUUGUACGACUCAACAAGAUGCUGAAGAUGUAAUGCAAGUACACGUAAGAAAUUCCAAGAGCGCGAUUAUAUACAUUUAAGGCUAAGUACAACGGUGAAUGUACGUGUUAUUUAAGUUUAUUAUGACCUGUUUAUUGAAGCAAACCAAGUUUGACUGUCGGGUUAGUUCGGUUUUAAAUAAAGAUAAUCGAUCUUAUGGAAAGAAGUACAUGUUUGAUGACUGUUCUGAUACAUGUUGGAAUUCCGAUGCAGGUACUCCACAAUGGGUAAUUAUUGAACUUGAAGAAGAAUGCGAGCUGAGUUCAUUUGAAAUUGAAUUUCAAGGUGGAUUUGUGGGCAAAGAUUGCCAUUUAGAUGUUGGUAACAAAGAUGUAAAAUUUUUGGAAUCAUUUUAUCCAGAAGAUAAAAAUAAAAUACAAACAUUUCACUUAAAAAAUUCAGUUAGAGCAAAAUCGUUCAAAUUUGUUUUUAAUGAAAGUACAGAUUUCUUUGGCAGAAUAAUUAUAUACAAGUUAUCGUUAUAUUCUUAGAUAAGAUCAAUAUAAUUAAAUGCUUAUUAUAUCGUAUAAAUAAAGAAACGAUUGAAGAAGUUUUACAACUUAAUUCCUUAUUUCAGACUUUUUAAUAGAA